AGACUCCGCCCUGCUCGCCAUUCCUGUAAUGGCUGCUUCCUGGAAGGCGCUGUCACGUGGAACCUCUUAGCCUCAGCAUCCUGAACUGAUAGAAUUAAACAAAAACCGCUUUCUUUGGAACCUUCAGCCUUUAAGAACCAGUCACCUCAAGAUCUCAACAUCAUGAUCUCAGUUUCAACACAAUUGUUCCUAGUCUUUUCAUUGCUUCUGGUGCUGCCUGUUGUUGAAGCAGUAGAAGCCGGAGAUGCAAUCGCUCUCUUGUUAGGUGUGGUUCUCAGCAUUACAGGCAUUUGUGCUUGUUUGGGGGUAUAUGCACGAAAGAGAAAUGGACAGAUGUGACUUUGAAGGGCCUCCUGAAUCAAACCUUGCCCUGAAAACCUCUGUGCUAUUGAGGUUCAGAACUGAGUUUUGGUGUCUGAAAGUUCUCAAGAAACAGUAAAUAGGGUAGCUUCAUAGUCUUGGUUAUUUCCCUAUAAAUAGGAACAAAUUGAUAUAUUAUGUUAAAUGGAAAACAAAACGUUUUCUUCACAACAAAUAAUGAACUGAAAAAUGCUGUCUGUAAUUUGCAUUUGCUAGUUAGAAAGAAGGUCAAAGAAGUGAGAUGGCUGAACUUUGCACAAGUAAUAUUUCAUAGUUUCAGAAUUCUCAAUAAGAAGAAAACUCUUGCCCAGAAUCCUAGGAAAUUGCCACUGUUUAGUUAUAAUCACUGCCUCCUGCAUCACUGAGGAGUCUUUUCUCCAUAUUUUUAAUGCAUUUUUGUUUUGUUAUCUCCCAAGUUAAUAUUGUACCUAGAUAUUAAAUACAGUUGGUCAAAAAUUAAAACAUCUCUUUGUGGGGGAUAAAGUUUAGAAAAUGUAUUCGAUGUAUCUAACAUUGAAAUGGAGAAAAGAUUUAAUGUAAAAAAAUACUUUAUAUUGACAUUGAAAUGGAGAAAAGAUUUAAUGUUUAACAAAAACAAAAAAAUCUUUAUAAACUGCUAACGUCUCCAUGGUGAGAAGUACUAUAUUAAAUAUA